AUGGCAAAAUUCGUUAGCUUGGGCCUGUGCCUUAUGAUGCUGCGCAAAGCCGCCGUCUGCACCACGCCAACCAAAAGCCGAGGAGGCAACAAGUUCACCCUCGAAGAAGAGAUCUACUAUCGAGACACCGGCGAGUUGUUGCCAGGAGUAGAGUGGCGCCAGACUGUCUUCGGCAAAACGUGCAGAUCGCAUGCAGACUGCGCGGGAGAGUGUCCGGAAUUCACGUACGACAUCUGUCUACCCGAAGAAGAAGCCUUCGGGCCUCGAGAUCUGGAGGAUGACGAUUGUGGUACGCGAGUGCCGGGGUGGUGCGUUUGCAAGCCGCUCAUCGGGCAAGAUACUGGCGAGUCCGAACACCAUGAGUUGUGA